CGAGGGGUCCAAGCUUGUUGACGACAAAGUCCCUCGUGUGGAACGGCGCUCUUUUCAAUCACUUCAAGUGGCGGUUUUGUGACUAAAAUCAUUGUUGUUUUUUUUUCCAAUUCAAAUCUAUAGUAACUGUUUAUUUGUUCUCUAAAUUCCGUCGCUAGUGGCUAUUAGCUUGCAUUGCUAAUACCGGAAGUCUCUGUUCGCUCGGCUACGGCAGCUUUUGAGGGUCAAAACACGGAUAAGCGAUGCGUUUCAUCGUUAAGGCAGAUGACCCUCAGCUGGCAGAUGAUGGAGGUUGUUUACUUUCGCCAGUGCAUCUCUUCCCAUUUUUCCUGCACUGAAGAACUGAUCCUUAGUCAUGAUGACUGAGGCUGGAGGGGAUAAGGUUGACUGGUGAUGGAUGGAGCGUGGACACACACCCACCGUGCAGCCCUCCCUCCUCCUCCUCCUCCUCCCGUGGACCAGCUCUGCUCGGCCAUUGACAGCGUCGCCGCAUUUCCGACACUCUCAGCCAGCGAUGGAGGUGCCAGGCUUAGCGCGCAACAGCAUCAGCAGCCCGCUGAGCCCCUGCGAGGGCAUGAUCAAGGACCUGAGCCUGGAUUCCAUACAGCUGUGUGAGAGAGAAGGAAGUAAAUCUCAGGAUGGCGCCAUCUCGGACUUGGAGGACCUGCCGGUCCCGCAGAGCAUCAAGAUCAGCAACAUCACGUGCGACUCCUUCAAGAUCUGCUGGGACAUGGAGCAGCGCGGCAAGGAGCGCAUCACGCACUACUUCAUCGACCUCAACAAGAAGGAGAACAAGAACUCCAACAAGUUCAAACACAAGGACGUGCCCACCAAGCUGGUGGCCAAGGCCGUGCCCCUCCCCAUGACGGUGAGGGGCCACUGGUUCCUCAGCCCGCGCACCGAGUACACGGUGGCCGUGCAGACGGCGUCCAAGCAGACGGACGGGGACUACGCCGUGUCCGAGUGGAGCGAAAUCAUCGAGUUCUGCACCGCCGAUUAUUCCACAGUUCAUCUCAACCAGCUGCUGGAGAAGGCCCAGGUCAUCUCAGGUCGCAUGUUGCCUUUCUGCGUCUUCUACAGGAACCACAACAAGGAAUACUUUGACCACGCCAGGGAGGCGCAGGACAACCGGAUGGUUCCGUGGGUGAAGGACAACAGUGGCAGCCACGGCUCUCCCAUCAGUGGCAAACUGGAGGCUCUUUUCUUCAGCUGCAACACGGAGUUCAACACCGGCAAGCCCCCCCAGGACUCUCCUUACGGACGCCAUCGCUUUGAGGUCCAAGCCGGCGCCCUCUUCAACCUCGACGCCAACCUCUACUUCGGGGACUUCUACUGCAUGUACACGGCGUACCAUUACGUCAUCCUGGUGCUGGCGCCCAAAGGCUCCCCGGGCGACCACUUCUGCAAGCAGAGGCUCCCCGCCCUCGACAUCGCCCGCAACCGCUUCCUCACCUGCACGCCGGACCAGGACGGCGGCCUGGCGUUCCAUCACGCCCAGGACGUGAUCCUGGAGGUGAUCUACACCGAGCCCGUGGAGCUGACCGCCGGCACGCUGGCCGAGAUCAGCGGCCAUCAGCGCCAGAGCAUGUCCACCGCCAACGCCAAGAAGGACCCCAGCUGCAAGACCUGCAACAUCAGUGUGGGCCGCUAGCGAGGAGGAGGCGGGACAGACUGGGACUGACCACAUGCAUGACACACACACACACACACACACACACACACACUUCAACAAGCAUCAUCCAUGAGGACGCCUGUCUCAUUUCAAAAUAAGAGUCCUUACAUGUAACAUGGCUCACACACACACACACACACACACACACACACUCUUCAACAAGCAUCAACCAUGAAGACGCCUGUCUCAUUUCAAAAUAAGAGUCCUUACAUGUAACAUGGCUCACACACACACACACACACACACACACACACUCUUCAACAAGCAUCAACCAUGAAGACGCCUGUCUCAUUUCAAAAUAAGAGUCCUUACAUGUAACAUGGCUCACACACACACACACACACACACACUCUUCAACAAGCAUCAUCCAUGAGUACGCCUGUCUCAUUUCAAAAUAAGAGUCCUUACAUGAAACAUGGCACACACACACACACACACACACACUCUUCAACAAGCAUCAUCCAUGAGGACGCCUGUCUCAUUUCAAAAUAAGAGUCCUUACAUGAAACAUGGCACACACACACACACACACACACACACACACUCUUCAACAAGCACCAUCCAUGAGGACGCCUGUCUCAUUUCAAAAUAAGAGUCCUUACAUGAAACAUGGCACACACACACACACACACACACACACACUCUUCAACAAGCAUCAUCCAUGAGGACGCCUGUCUCAUUUCAAAAUAAGAGUCCUUACAUGAAACAUGGCACACACACACACACACACACACACACACACACACACACACACUCUUCAACAAGCAUCAUCCAUGAGGACGCCUGUCUCAUUUCAAAAUAAGAGUCCUUACAUGUAACAUGGCUCACACACACACACACACACACACACACACACUCACUCUUCAACAAGCAUCAUCCAUGAGGACGCCUGUCUCAUUUCAAAAUAAGAGUCUUUACAUGAAACAUGGCACACACACACACACACACUUCAACAAGCAUCAUCCAUGAGGACGCCUGUCUCAUUUCAAAAUAAGAGUCCUUACAUGAAACAUGGCACACACACACACACACACACACACACACACUCUUCAACAAGCAUCAUCCAUGAGGACGCCUGUCUCAUUUCAAAAUAAGAGUCCUUACAUGUAACAUGGCACACACACGCACACACACACACACACUCUUCAACAAGCAUCAUCCAUGAGGACGCCUGUCUCAUUUCAAAAUAAGAGUCCUUACAUGUAACAUGGCUCACACACACACACACACACACUCUUCAACAAGCAUCAUCCAUGAGGACGCCUGUCUCAUUUCAAAAUAAGAGUCUUUACAUGUAACAUGGCUCACACACACACACACACACACACACACACACACACACACACACUCUCUUCAACAAGCAUCAUCCAUGAGGACGCCUGUCUCAUUUCAAAAUAAGAGUCCUUACAUGUAACAUGGCACACACACACACACACACACUCACUCUUCAACAAGCAUCAUCCAUGAAGACGCUUGUCUCAUUUCAAAAUAAGAGUCCUUACCUGUAACAUGGCACACACACACACACACACACACUCUUCAACAAGCAUCAUCCAUGAGGACGCCUGUCUCAUUUCAAAAUAAGAGUCCUUACAUGAAACAUGGCACACACACACACACACACACACACACACACUUCAACAAGCAUCAUCCAUGAGGACACCUGUCUCCUCAUUUCAAAAUAAGAGUCCUUACAUGUAACAUGGCUCACACACACGCACACACACACACACUCUUCAACAAGCAUCAUCCAUGAGGACGCCUGUCUCCUCAUUUCAAAAUAAGAGUCCUUACAUGUAACAUGGCUCACACACACACACACACACACACACACACUCUUCAACAAGCAUCAUCCAUGAAGACGCCUGUCUCAUUUCAAAAUAAGAGUCCUUACAUGUAACAUGGCUCUCACACACACACACACACACUCACACACGCAACAAGCAUCAUCCAUGAGGACACCUGUCUCCUCAUUUCAAAAUAAGAGUCCUUACAUGUAACAUGGCACACACACGCACACACACACUCUUCAACAAGCAUCAUCCAUGAGGACGCCUGUCUCAUUUCAAAAUAAGAGUCCUUACAUGUAACAUGGCACACACACACACACACAAGGACGCCUGUCUCCUCAUUUCAAAAUAAGAGUCCUUACAUGUAACAUGGCUACCACGACUGCUUCCUUGUUGUUUGGGUCAUUCGUUCACCUUUCUUUAUACCUCCCUCCAGUGGCAUGGACUGGUACUGCAGUUUUACACCCCCUUUCCCCCCCCCAGGCUGCCUACAUCCUUUCAAAAACCAAAGGUAUUAAAAGAAGCUGUGCAAUCCUACUGUAAGCGAACGCACCGGCCUGUAAAGUGACGUGUACUGUGAUGGACGAGCGUGGUGACCUUUAACGAGCAUGAGCGUGCCAUCGUCAUGGCGACCGUCUGUUGUAGUGUAAGGUGGGAGCGACACACACA